AUGCAACGCGUCGGCGCGUGCGCGUUGCUGGGCGCGCCGUGCUCGCGCAAGAACGGCGCGGUAUGCACGUGUCGUGUGCACACCGCAUUACUUCAGGAAUUCGCUACGCUCACGAAGGAGUUGAACCAGGCGCGAGAGCAGCUUUUAGAACGGGAAGAAGAAAUAUCGGAGCUCAAAGCGGAAAGAAACAAUACCAGAUUGCUAUUAGAGCACCUAGAAUGUCUCGUCUCAAGACACGAGCGCUCGCUGCGCAUGACCGUGGUCAAGAGGCAGGCGGCCGCCCAGUCCGGGGUGUCCUCGGAAGUCGAGGUGCUCAAAGCUUUGAAAAGCUUGUUCGAACACCACAAGGCGCUCGACGAGAAGGUUCGAGAACGAUUGCGAGUUGCGCUAGAAAGGAAUACGUCGUUAGAAGAAGAAUUGGCAUUAACCAAAGAAGAAUUACAGCAAUACAAAGCGUCGACCACGCAAGAGGGCGACAAGCCCAAAGAGAACGGCACGGUCCAAACUGGCUCGCCCGAGAAUGGCGAGCAGCAAACUAAGGAACAAAGUAGUGUUAACGGUGAAUCGGAAGGCAAGAAAAUCACUGAGCUCCAAAACACGAUCGCCAAGCAGUCGGCCGAGUUGAGCUCAUGGCAGCGGAGAGUCGCGGAACUGAACAAUAAAGUGACCGAAUUAGAAGAAAGACUGUCGAAAGGAGAGAAGGAGUUGGUGAAGAAACAGGACGAGUGCGCUAAGUUACAGAGGGAUUUGAGAGAGAAUGUCGCCCAAAAGGAGGAUCAGGAGGAAAGAAUAACGACGCUCGAGAAGAGAUAUCUCAACGCGCAGCGCGAGUCCACUUCUCUGCAUGAUUUGAACGAGAAGCUGGAACAAGAGUUACAACACAAACAGGCACAACUUAAGCUCCAAGAAGAAAAGAUCGCAGCGAUAGAAGAAAAGCUAGAACUUUCCACACAGAAGUUGGCGCAAAUGUCUUCUUUGCCAGAAAUGGAGGAGCAGUUGAAGGCGAGGAUGGAAGCUCUCAACCAGGCGCAGGAGCGGCACGGCUCCGCAGAAGACCGCAUACAAAGACUGGAGGCCAGCGUGGAAGAGAAGAACGCAGAGCUGAUGAGACUGAACCAGCGGCUGAGGAUGAACGAGGAACACAACACCAGGCUCUCCGCCACUGUGGAUAAACUACUGUCUGAAUCUAAUGAUAGAUUGCAAGUCCACCUGAAAGAGAGAAUGCACUCCCUGGACGAGAAGAACGCGCUGACGCAAGAGCUGGAGAAGACCAGGAAGUAUGCGGACGAGCUCAUCCAGGAGAAGUCAGAGAUUCUCAAGGAGCUAGCCAAGUGGAGGAUGGAGACGGAACAGCUGAAGCGGCAGAUGCUGCAGGCGGAGAUCGCGUUCAACAUCCAGCAGACGGACGCGCUGACGCGCUCGCUGUCGCCGGCCGCGCCGCAGCCGCUGCCGCCCGUCGCGCUGUUCCCGCCCAAGCUGGACGGGUCGUGGGAGAAGCUGCAGCAGGCGCACGUGCUCGCCAACGUGCAGCAGGCCUUCGACGUGGCGAGCGACGCCGAGAACUCCGACGGCGAGGGCGGCGAGGGCGGGCACACGGACGCGGCGGCGCUGGCGCUCAUGCUGCAGGAGCAGCUGGACGCCAUCAACACGGAGAUACGCCUCAUCCAGGAGGAGAAGCAGAGCACCGAGGCCAGGGCCGAGGAGCUGGAGUCCAGGGUGGGCAGCUACGAGCACAUGAACGUGUUGUCGCGGCGCGCCGAGUCGCCGCCGCCCGCCGCCUCGCCCUCGCGCCCCAACCACCACAAGUACCACACCGCGCCGGCGUCGAUGUCGCCCGCGCACGCGCACUACCGCGCCGCGCCCGCCUCCGAGAGCCUGCCCUCCAGCCAGUUGCAACUGUGCGAAGACAUGCCGGGCGUGGUGUCGGAGGGCGCGGAGUCGCCGGCGGGCGGUGCGGGCGGUGCGGGCGCGGCGGGCGGUGCGGGCGCGCGCGCGCGGCUGGAGCGCGCCGCCCGCGCCAUACACGCCGAGAGGGACCGCCUGCGGACACACUACCAGACGCCGUAUGACUCCUCCAGCCAAGAGUCCCUGGGAGGGAUGCCGGCGCCGAGCGGCGCGUGGGGCGGGGCGUCCCCCGGGCUGCCGCGGGGAGUGAGCGCGGCAGCGUCCGCAGUCUCCAUAGCUUCUAUGCACCAGCAGAAGAAGAGAGGCAUCAAGAGUUCCUUGGGAAGAUUCUUUAGCAAAAAAGAGAAGGCUGGAAUGCCUAUGCAACAAGGGCAAAGCCCGCGGUCGCUGUCGUCGGCGUCGUCGCUGGGCCUGUCCUCGCUCGGGGACGACGGGCUGGAGGCGGCGCACUCGCACACGCCUCUGCAGCAUCAGGACUACGCUAGGACUAAGAGCAAGAAUGAACCCGAGCGAAACGAAGGCGAGUCGCCAGUGGGAUAUAAAACAAAGAUAAUAAUGCAAAGGGUCGCCUCCGGCAGGGAGCGCGACUACCGGCACGAGCUGCUGGGCGAGGCGAUGCGCGCCGGCACGCCGUUCGCGCUGUGGAACGGGCCCACGGUGGUGGCGUGGCUGGAGCUGUGGGUGGGCAUGCCGGCCUGGUACGUGGCGGCGUGCCGCGCCAACGUCAAGUCCGGCGCCAUCAUGUCGGCGCUGUCCGACCAGGAGAUCCAGCGCGAGAUCGGCAUCAGCAACCCGCUGCACCGCCUCAAGCUGCGCCUCGCCAUCCAGGAGAUGGUGUCGCUGACGUCGCCGUCGGCGCCGCGCGGCACCGCCUGCGCCGCGCUCGCCUUCGGGGACAUGAACCACGAGUGGAUCGGCAACGUCUGGCUGCCCUCGCUCGGGCUGCCGCAGUACCGCACGACGUUCAUGGAGUGCCUGGUGGACGCGCGCAUGCUGGAGCACCUGACCAAGCGCGAGCUGCGCGCGCAGCUCAAGAUGGUGGACAGCUUCCACCGCACGUCGCUGCACUUCGGCGUGGCGUGCCUCAAGCGCGUGGGCUACAGCGUGCGCGCGCUGGACGAGCGCCGCCGCGCCGCCGAGCCGCCCGCCGCGCGCGACGUGCUCGUGUGGACCAACGAGCGCCUGCAGCGCUGGCUGCACGCCGUCAACCUCAAGGAGUACGCCAACAACCUGUCGGAGAGCGGCGUGCACGGCGCGCUCAUCGCGCUCGACGACAACUUCGACGCCAACAGCAUGGCGCUCGCGCUGCAGAUACCCACGCAGAACACGCAGGCGCGGCAGAUACUAGAAGUAGAAUUUAACAACCUCCUGGCGACCGGCACCGACCGCAAGGCGCGCCAGCCCCACGACCACGCGCCGCCCUCC